CGCGAACUUAAAUACAUUUACAGUAUACCCAACCCUCUGUUUAUGCAAAAGCGACAUCUGUCAACAAGAACUCAAACUGCAUUCCGAUGUUUCAUUGCGGAAAAAUCUAAAAUCCGGAUCCAAUUCUAGUUAGCGCUUGCCAGAAAUAUUAGUACACAGUGCAGGUCAAGGUGGCAAAAGCCAUAACCGUUGUGGAAUGUUUCGGGUUCAUUCAUGAGUACUAUACAAAGUGAAACUAGAGGCUAAAAUGAUACGAAUGCCGUCACCCCUAUUUCUUAGACUCAUUUGGAUGCGUCCAUUUAUCUAGGUCAUCUGGGGGCGUGGCUUUUCUGUUGCAAAAUUGACAAAAGAAUCCCUCUACAAACAGCCUAGUCCUAGAAAAGCCGAUCUACCCCUUUUAUCAGAUUUCAAACCUUCGCCUACCAAUGCAACGGUACAAGAUCCCUUUAAAGGACUCUCCAUCUCUGCAUCUGAGGUCAAGAGGUUCGUUAUUUCUGAGCGGGCCACUGGAAUACGUGUUGGCGAUUAUAGAUACGCCGGGAUCUACAUAAUUUAGUCCGACCUCUCUCCGUUGCAAGAAGGAAUAGUUCGACAAUAUUCGAUAGACGAGGCUUGUGUGAAGAAUUGGGCUGGUUUUGGAGUGGGAUCUUGAAGUGCACAGAUCACCAAACGUCAGUAGAAGGCACAUUUAUAGAUCAUCAUGGAAAACCAGUUACCGAAAGUGGUGCCGCUGAACGUCGGAGGUCGGCAUUUCUCCACCUUCCUGUCCACCCUGGUGAGGGACGAGGGUUCCAUGCUGGCCGCCAUGUUCAGUGGGCGGCACCAGGUAGAGAGGGACAAGGACGGCUGUUACUUCAUCGACAGGGAUGGACGUGCCUUCGCGCACAUUCUGGAGUUCCUGCGACACGCUAAGCUGCCACCACCUAACUAUGCCCGGGAGGUGUACAUAGAAGCGCAGUACUUCGGUCUCCAGGUUCUUGCAGACAAACUUGCUCAAUUCAAAGAUGUCCGCGAGGAGAUAGCCUUCAAGGAGCAACUUUUCAAGUCUCAAGACAUCGAGAUGCUAGCAGAAAGAGUUCUCAUGGCUUUACCUGCGGUCAUUACCGGUACUACAAAGGUAGCACUUUUGAUGGACAGCGGUUGGAAGGCUAGAAGUAAAAUCGGUGACGUAGCACCCGACAUCGUUCCCGCGAGAUUUCUCGAGAACGAGUCUUGGCAGACACACGAGUGCCUGCAAGGCGACAACAAGGACUGUAUCGAACCUCUUUGCUCCGACGACCUUGGCGUAAGAGUCGCGUUGGUGCAGCAGUACUUGCAGAAGCGAGGGUACGAGGUCAGUACAGAGCUGGAGACUUGCAAGUUUUCUUUAGAGCAGGGCAAGAAGUCCGUCUGGUCCGAUCUCAUGACUUUGGACGUGUACUGUGGCGUAUACGGGGUCAUAUUCACAAUUGGUUGAACGGAGACGAACGACGUUCUACUCACUGGAUUUAAACAUGUGUCCAUUGGAUUACUAGCAAAGUAUUCGUUACCAAACGCUUAACUCCUGAUUUUUUAAAGGUUAACGUUGAGUGUGUACUAUUUGAUAUUUUUCCAUCGGGUGAGGAUUCGGACUUGCGCUUUCAAAUACAUGUUGUUUUGUAUUAUGUGUCUCUUACACGUUUAUUAUGUUUUGUUACAACUUGAUAUCAAUUUGUGUUUGUUUAGUAAGUGCAUUUUGUUCAUAUGCAUGUUCUUGUAAAUAUGUUUAGUGGUGGCGAUGAUAUACGUUUAUCAACUUGAAAGCAUCACUACUAAAUGUU